AUGCUACGGCCUACGGUAUCUUUACUGAUGAAAAGUGUCCCUCAGAAAACAAUGACUAAUUCUAAUUUUGCCUUGAAUGCACCAAAGAUCACCUUGACUAAAGUGGAACAACAUAUCUGUAACCUGCUUAAUGAUUAUACGGAUCUGUACAACCAGGAGCACCAUAAUAAUCCGGAGCCACUGAUACUUCGGAUCACGGGGGGGUGGGUGCGGGACAAGCUGCUGGGACAAGGCUCUCACGAUCUGGAUAUCGCCAUCAAUGUUAUGUCGGGUGAACAAUUCGCUACUGGUUUGAAUGAAUAUUUGCAGCAGCAUUACGUCAAGUAUGGAGCCAAACCUCACAACAUUCACAAGAUUGACAAGAACCCUGAAAAAUCCAAACAUCUGGAAACGGCGACCACUAAGCUUUUCGGUGUUGAAGUAGAUUUUGUAAAUCUAAGAUCUGAGAAGUACACCGAACUUUCUAGGAUUCCUAAAGUGUGCUUUGGAACACCUGAAGAAGAUGCUUUGAGAAGGGAUGCUACGUUGAACGCUCUUUUUUAUAACAUUCAUAAAGGUGAAGUGGAAGAUUUCACCAAGAGAGGACUACAAGAUUUGAAAAACGGUAUUCUGCGUACCCCACUUCCAGCAAAACAAACUUUUUUGGACGAUCCCUUGCGAGUUUUAAGAUUGAUUCGUUUUGCUUCUAGAUUCAACUUUUCGAUAGAUCCAGAAGUAAUGGCUGAAAUGGACGAUCCUCAAAUCAAUAAUGCAUUCAAUUCAAAAAUCUCUAGAGAACGAGUCGGUGUCGAGAUGGAGAAAAUCUUGGCAGGGCCGACGCCAUUAUUGGCUUUGCAAUUGAUUCAAAAAGCUCAUCUAGAUAAUGUUAUUUUCUUUUGGCAUAAUGAUGAAUCCGUCGUGCAUUUCAAUGAAAAGAACUGUCACGAUAUGGACAGGAUUAAUCAUAUAUACAAUGAUAAAAUAUUGAACUCACAUUUGAAAAGCUUUAUCGAAUUAUAUCCAAUGUUUGUAGAAAAACUUCCUGUUUUAAGGGAAAAGAUUGGUUGCUCGCCUACUUUCCAGCAGAAUUUUAUACUAAGCGCGACCUUGUCCCCUAUGGCCAAUUUACAGAUUAUUGGAAACCCUAAGAAGAAAGUUAACAACCUGGUUUCUGUCACAGAAAGCAUCGUAAAAGAAGGAUUAAAGUUGAGCAAAAAUGACGCAGUGGUUAUUGCCAAGACUGUAGAUUCAAUAAGUUCAUAUGAGGAUAUACUUACCAGGUUUGCGGGUUGCUCACAAUUGAAAAAAUCAGAAAUCGGUGUAUUUCUAAGAGAAUUUAAUGGCGAAUGGGAAACAGCACAUUUCACGUCCCUGUUGGAUGAAUUCUUGAAGACUUCCAAGUUUGAAACCGAUAAAAUUGAAUCGCUUUUCCAGAAUUACAAUGAAUUCUACUCCUACAUAUAUGACAAUAAUAUGAAUAAUUGUCAUGAGCUAAAACCCAUAGUAGACGGCAAACAAAUGGCAAAACUACUGGAGAUGAAACCUGGUCCAUGGUUAGGUAAAAUCAAUAACGAAGCAAUUAGGUGGCAAUUUGAUAAUCCUUGCGGAACUGAUACAGACCUAAUAACUCAUUUAAGAGCCGUACUACCAAAAUACCUGUAG